AUGCCAGGCCCGACGAGAACCAGGCUCGCCUGCGACCGUUGCCAUUCGCAAAAGCUGCGAUGCCCCAAAGUUGCGGGAAGCGCAGUGUGCACCCGCUGCUCGAGGAUGAAGGCCUCUUGCGUGUUCAGCCCAAUCGGUACCGCGACUGCAAACCCAUCAGCGUCCCGACCCUUGCGCCAAGCUGCGACCGACCUGUCAGUCCCGGCUGAGUUCUCGGCGCCCCUGUUCGGGCUGGAAAACAGCGGUGAACCAUGGCCCCUCGACUCGUUCGGGAGUGGGCUGGACCAGGAAGACUCAAUGCAAGGCUUUGAGUGGUUUCCGGUAGACGGUGGAUCUGGUACCGCCGUGCCGCCUGAGGACUCUGCCAGCGCUGAUAACGGCCCGUCUACUCUGGAGUCGGACACGACUCCUGCAACAUCCAUUGAGGCAGAAUUGUCUAGACCGGGACAUCGCCUCGCAGAUUUACAGAUGACACUCGAUACGAUACUGGCAAAACUGCCUACUCCUGCGGCUUACCACGUCCAAAAGGACGGGCCGCUAUCCGGAUACCUCGCAGAUUUUGGGGCAAGGUACCUGGGGGAUGGCUUCAUUGAAAACAUCUUCACCUCGCUCCAGAGCCUGAUCGACCUGUACCCGGAGGCGACCGCCGCGAUAGUGACGCCGACCGCCGCCGACGACCAAGACCCCAACUCCUGCGAGAUCGUCGGCUGCCUGCACGAGGUCGCUCUGCCCGCGGAGCUGGCCGUGCUCGAGGGGCACAUGGGCCAGCCGGAGCCCGUGGACGGUACGCUGGGCGGGCAGCUCGUCGCGUGCCACCUGCGGCUCCUCGACGUCGUGGACCGGCUCGACAGGAGCGUCUUCAUGUGCGCGCGGCUCGAGGCCGUGCUGCCCCCUGGCGGCAAGGCGAAAUUUCACGUGCCGGACCUCACGGUCGGCAAGUUCAAGCCGCCGCACCACUCGGCCGCGCUGAUGCAGCUCGUGCUGCUCAAGAACCUGCUGGACAAGCUGCUGUUUGUGUCGAGGGAACUCGGAGCGUCGCUGGACAAGGUCGAUGCUGCUCCGGCCGUGCGUGAGGCGUCGCUGUCGCUGCCGGUCUUGUUGGUGCAGGCCGAGAGCCUUGGGAAGAGGCAUGAGCGCACUCUCGACCGCUUCAAGUCCCUCGUGACUUAUGUGAUUGGGGUGGGCUUUACUGGCUGA